AAUGCUGUGAUACCUGCUUCCCUGAGUAUUCGCGGGAUUGCAAUACAUACGUCGCUUUCUUUUAUUAUUAUUAUUAUUAUUAUUUCGGUGAGCCACAGGGUAGAGCCUGUUCUUAUCCUUUAAACCCCCCUCACCCUCGCCUUCCAUCUGAGACCACAGAGCCAACGAGUAGCAGUGCUCUGAAGCAAAGAGCGAGAGUUGUGAGCAAGAGAAAGGCGGGUCGUCAUGUCGAAGGAGGUCAGUGAGGCCGAGCAGGCGCCGGCAAAGGACUACAGGGACCCGCCGCCGGCGCCGCUUUUGGAUUUCGGCGAGCUCCGUCUCUGGUCCUUUUACCGCGCCCUCAUCGCUGAGUUCGUGGCCACGCUGCUCUUCCUCUACGUCACCAUCGCCACCGUCAUCGGCCACAAGGAGCAGAACGCCGCCGACCAGUGCAGCGGGGUUGGCAUUCUUGGCAUCGCGUGGGCCUUUGGUGGCAUGAUCUUCAUCCUUGUCUAUUGCACGGCCGGCAUCUCUGGGGGACACAUCAACCCGGCGGUGACCUUCGGGCUGUUCCUGGCGAGGAAGGUGUCGCUGAUACGGGCGCUGCUGUACAUAGUGGCGCAGUGCUUGGGAGCCAUCGUUGGUGUAGGGAUCGUGAAGGGGAUCAUGAAGCACCAGUACAACUCCCUCGGUGGUGGAGCCAACGAGGUCGCAUCCGGCUACUCCAAGGGCACCGCCCUUGGAGCCGAGAUCAUCGGCACCUUCGUCCUCGUCUACACCGUCUUUUCCGCCACCGACCCCAAGCGCAGCGCCCGCGACUCCCACGUCCCCGUGUUGGCACCACUCCCCAUCGGCUUUGCUGUGUUCAUGGUGCACCUCGCCACCAUCCCCAUCACCGGUACCGGCAUCAACCCCGCUCGGAGCUUAGGUGCUGCAGUGAUCUACAACCAGGACAAGCCCUGGGAUGAUCAUUGGAUCUUCUGGGUGGGUCCGUUCGUAGGAGCGUUGGCCGCGGCGGCGUACCACCAGUACAUCCUGAGGGCAGCGGCUAUCAAGGCCCUGGGAUCCUUCCGGAGCAACCCCACCAACUGAGGAGGGCAGGGAGGAGCAGCAGCAGCAGAGAAGGCUGGCUCUUUCUCCUCUGUUUCCAUGCAUCUGUGUGUAUGAUGAUUUGUAUGUGAGGUCUUGGAGAGAGUGAGGACUGGUUCUGAUUUCUUUCUUCUAUUUUGCGUUGUUUCUACUCACUUCUCUUCCUUCUCAUGUGUUGUAAUGUAUGGAGGAUGUGUGAUUGUCUGAUUGAUUCUA